CUUUGCGCGAUCAGCAUUGUGACUAGAAUAGCUAGCUGCCUCAUUCAUCGAGCAAUUGGGAUGGCUGAUUACGAUCGUCGGAAUCAUGGUCAUCGCGGUGGUGGUGGUGGACGAAAGAGGAGAUAUAGAGAUGACGAUGAUUUCGACCGUCGGCCUCUGAGACGUCGAUAUGAAGAACCCCUCGGCUCAAGAGUGAGGAGACAAUUAUUGUUGAUUGCGGAAUCGCCCGCUCGCAGAGUGGAAGAUGAUGUUGUUUAUAUCGCCAGAAUGGUCUCGGAUAAUACUGACGAUGUCGAUGUUUGCGACGCUUUUUUCGAGACUGUUAUUCAGCUAACUCUUGAACAACCGUUUAAAAUACCUUUUAUCGCUGCCGUGGUCCUGGUCAUUAAUACCUUGAAACCUGAUUUUGCCGCUGAGGUGUUGAAGAAAAUCUCUUCGGCCGUGCAGGAUGCUGUCACCGCCGGCGUAUGGCGCGACGUGAAACUGCUGGUGCGUCUAUUGGGUUGUUUGCAGGGCAUACUUGAAGGUGAAGGCGUAUUUGUGGUAUUGGAUGAUUUGUUUUCGAGAGCGGUCGAUUUGCAGACUACGUCUUCGGAGGAUUCACUGGGUCUCGAACUUGUCAAGAUUAUCCUUCUUACCAUUCCAUACGUCAUGGCAUCAUCGGCGACUGGAUUCGAAACUCAGGCGACGGCGCUACUCGAAAAGACGGAGAUUAUCGCGUCUACUCCACAUGCGCUCGAAGCCCUUGUGACACCAUUUACGUUCGAUAGUGAGAUAUCGGAGCCUUUGCAGAGUUUCAUUGGAGUCUUGCAAACGCAGUUGCAGAAUGAGGCGGCGAAUCGAAACUGGGAACUCAAAUGUCUCCCUCGGCCGUGGAAGUCGCUUGAGUUACCGAGAAAGAAGCAAGCAGUAGAAGGCGAAGGGGAAGAAAAACCGGAACAGUCAUUGUCGCUUGAGAACGCAGAAAAACACGCUCUGCCUGCGGUGGAUGUACCGAACCCUGUGAAGAACGGGCCGAAUGCUAUAUACCCCGAAGUUUAUUUCUCGGUGUACUUGGAGCAAGAAAUUGAGACGGUGCCAGGAUCGGGUGAAAUCACCUCUACCUUAUUACGAGAUACGCUGGUUGAUACGAUCAAUAUUCUGGAUUUCAACCGUAUGGCGGUUGCCAAGUUCCUCAUCGACGUGGAUUGUUACUUCUCACCCGAAAUUUUCGUGAAACGAGCAACACCCUUUGACAGACUUCGCGAAUUCCCCUCAGAUCGACCAACAUGGAAACCGGAAGAUGUUGCUGUCGACGCUGUAUUCUCGCAGCUCUUCCAGUUGCCGGCACCUGAACACAAGCUCGUUUAUUAUCAUUCUGUGCUGACGGAGUGCUGCAAGGUUGCGCCGGCUGCGAUUGCGCCUAGUCUUGGUCGUGCCAUUCGGUUUUUGUAUCGGAAUCUGGAACGAUUUGACGUUGAUCUGGUGUCGAGGUUCUUGGAUUGGUUCUCGCAUCAUUUGAGUAAUUUCGGAUUUACUUGGAAGUGGACUGAGUGGAUUGAUGACUUGCAACUUCCCGAGAUCCACCCCAAGAUGGCAUUUAUCACUGGUGCGUUGGAUAAGGAGAUUCGCUUGAGUUUUGCUCAGCGUAUCAAGGGGACGCUCCCUGAACCGUAUCAACCUUUAAUUGCCGAAGGCAAGGAGAAGGAUACUCCGGAUUUCAAAUAUACUCUAGAGACCACACCGUAUUGCAAACAAGGAUCGGAAUUGAUGCAACUCAUCCGCAAGAAAGCCGCCGACGAAGAGAUCGAGCCAGUCAUAGCAGAGAUUGAGACUCAAGCCAAAGACCACGGUGUCGAGGAUCCGAUGGUCCCAUCCACCGACGCAUUCGUCACAUCUAUAUGCUACGUUGGAUCCAAAUCACUAUCUCACGUUCUAUCGUGCAUCGAGAGAAACAAAGAACGAUUGCUAGCCAUCGGUCCUCGCUCUGCACCGGCUCGACGACAAAUCAUCACCUCCGUCAUGGAGUACUGGGUUGAUCAGCCGGGUAUUGCAAUCAACAUCAUCGACAAGCUACUAAACUACACGAUCCUCACUCCACUUUCUGUGAUUGAAUGGGCAUUACUUGACCACAUUGACGCGGGUAAAAUACUUGCAAAAGCUCACAUCUACGAAAUGCUUUCCGCGACAGUGGGCAAAGUGACGAACCGUAUCCGCCAAAUCGUCGCCGCCAGAACUCAACUGGGUCUCUACGAACCACAGUUAAGCGUCCUAGAUGAAACACUCAAUCGCGAAAAGGCCGAUAUGCAAACCCUCUUCACUCUAAUCGAAGACUCGAUCACGCCCGUAGCCGCGGGAAGUAAUGAUGAACUCAUGGAAAGAAGUGAAGAUGACCCGAGCACCCGCGACGAGAACGAAAUCAUUCGCCGUUGGGCUGUGCGUUGGAGACGCGUGUUUCAGCGCAAGGCGGCUGUUGAGGCUGCUUUUGUAGCUGAUGCGAUGUUGAAUGCGACGCCGUUGGGGACUAUGCCUCCUACACCUCCUCCUGUUGAGGAUGCAGCGGAGGAAAUGGUUAUGGAGCAGUCGGAAGCGAAUGGGGAUAUGGAUAUUGCGGACAUUUCGUGAUUUUACUUUCUUGUACUGUACUGUCCUGGUAGUUGUGUGAUUGUUGUUACUGUAUACUGUAAUUUAUCAAUGGUUUACAAACACAGAUUAAAUUAGGGUAAGCUAGAUAUCGGACCCGCAUCUGGCUAAGCUAGAACAUCAACAUCCUAACCUCCGCGGUCAAACACAACUGUACAUAUUCACUCAUAGAUCAAUCGAAUCGAACCUGAUAGAGCUUACAACAAUAACUCUACAUCACGC